AACUCUUGAAGUGGGAUUUACACUUAGUAAACAAUAUCAGUCGGCUUUAAAACAUAUUCGAGUUUUAUCUGUUAAUUAUUGGCCGUUACGUAACCGGAUACUAAGAUGCCGCCUAAAAAACGCAAUUCUGGGACGACACAGAGCAAAGAGAUGAAACCCACUGCUGAAAAUGCCUCUCCAGAGAAGAAGGAGAGUCCCGAGUUAUCUCUUAAAAAGCACGGAGACAAGGAUGCUGAGUUUGUGACUUUGUGCAAGAGCCUUCAUGUGACUGACCCUGUAUGUGAUCGAGCCUGGAUGCUGUGGAAAACCGUUCAGGAGUCCGUGGAUGAAGCUGCUGACAGUCAGAAGAAGCUUUGGGGUGCUUGUCUGUUUGUGACUGUGACAGACAUGGAUGCCACCUGUUUCACCUUGACCCAGGUUCUGAAAGCAGUCUGUCUGAACGUCAAACAGUUUAUAGAUCUGGUGAGGAAGUUGGAUGUGAACUUGGAUACGAUAAGCACCAAGGUGAACUCUGCACUGUCACGGCUGGACAAGAAGUAUGAUGUGAUGCUGGCUCUUUACCAGAGGUUUGAGAAAACUUGCAAGAAAAUUUUCAAUCUGACGUCUGAUGGGAAGGAGCGGGAAACCGUGCGGACUUGCUGGACGAUGUUUCUGUUGGCCAAAGGAAGGGCCUUACAGAUGGAGGAUGACCUGGUCAUAUCAUUUCAGCUGCUUCUUUGUACUCUGGAGUUAAUCACCAAGCGCUGCUCUCCUGACCUUCUGCAGCCUCUUUACAAAUCAGCCAUCAGCAAAAUUCAGAGCCCUCCAACACGAACAUCUCGUCGCAACCAGAGCAAAACUAAAUCCCGAGCUGUGGAGCCAGAGGUUGAUGUACAGCUUCUCGAAACCUUAUGCAAAGAGAAUGAAUGCAGUGCAGAAGAGGUGAAGAAUGUAUACCAAACCAGUUUCAUGGCUUUCUUAGAGUCGAUGGAUCUUUCAAGAAGCCCAGAUUUUCCUCAGGUGAAUGAUGUCGACCAACAAUAUGAAGAACACUACCUCAAGAGCAGAGACAUUGACGGACGAAUGUUUUUCAAUGGAGACGAGACUGUUCUUGCACCUAAAGUCGAGAUAUCACAAGUGGAGAGAACACCAAAGAAGAACCUGUCAGAUGAAGAUGGAUUACUCGUCCCUCCUCAGACACCCAUCAGAGCUGCCAUGACCUCCAUUCAGCUGCUGAGGGGUGAUCUCACUUCCAGUGGGGACCAGCCAUCUGCUAAUUUGGUUACAUAUUUCAAACAUUGCACAGUGGAUCCGACACAGGAUGUGCAGAAGCGCUUGGAGACGCUUGGACAGGUGUUCAGUCAAAGAUUCGGUCAGGCGGUCGGCCCACGCUGCGUAGUGUACGGCAGGCAGAGAUUCACCCUCGGUGUCAGACUGUAUUACAGAGUUAUGGAGGAAAUGCUGAAAUCGGAAGAGAAGCGCCUGUCUGUGCAAAAUUUCAGUAAACUCCUGAAUGACUCCACGUUCCACACAUCGCUUUUGGCUUGUGCUUUGGAGGUAGUCAUGGCAACAUAUGGAGAGAGCAGUUUCAAAAAUGGAGGGUACAGCCAUGGAGGAGCCGACUCAGCCGAAACAGAUGUGUGUUUCCCCUGGAUACUAAAUGUGUUCAACCUGACCGCCUUUGAUUUCUAUAAAGUUAUCGAGAGCUUUAUCAAGGCCGACCCCACGCUAAGCAAAGAGAUCGUCAAACAUCUGGAGACCUGCGAGAACCUCAUCAUGGAGAGACUUGCAUGGAGGACGGGCUCCCCACUGUUUGAGCUUCUGAAACAGGAACAUGAGAGCGGAGCAGCAGAGCAGGUGGAAACCCCAGCUAAUUUCAGUCAACCGCUGCAGCACAACCACACCGCAGCCGACCUAUAUUUGUCCCCCAUGCGCCCAGGCCUGCGUGUAUUACCUCCUGAGUCCAGCUCUCAAACUUCCUCUCAGCCUGCCUCACAGCCAACCAGCCAACCUCCACGACCCCUGAAGUCCAACUCUCUCAGCCUCUUCUAUAAAAAAUUGUACCGUUUGGCCUAUACAAGGCUGAAGAUGCUCUGCUCCUACCUGCUGUCCUCCCACCCUGAGUUUGAGCCCAUAAUAUGGACUCUGUUCCAGCACACUCUGCAGCACGAGUACGAGCUGAUGAGAGACCGUCACCUCGAUCAGUUGAUGAUGUCUGCCAUGUAUGCCAUAUGUAAAGUGAAGAGCGUUGAUCUGCGCUUCAAGACCAUUGUCACAGCAUACAAAAACAUGGCCAACACCAGCCAAGAGACCUUCAAGCACGUGUUGAUCACUGAUGGCCACUACGACUCCAUCAUUGUCUUCUACAACCAAGUGUUUAUGCAGAAGCUGAAAACAAACAUCCUGCAGUAUGCUUCUACCAGGCCUCCGACACUCUCGCCAAUCCCACAAAUACCCUGCAGCCCCUACAAGUUCCCUAAUUCGCCUCUGCGUGUGCCCGGUAGCAACAAUGUCUACAUCUCUCCUCUGAAAAGCGCACGCAUGUCUCCCGGUAUCAUGACCCCUCGAUCCAAAAUGCUGGUAUCGAUCGGCGAAUCAUUUGGGCCAUCAAAUCGCUUCCAGAAGAUCAACCAGAUGGUCAACAGCAGUGAUCGAUCCCUAAAGAGGACUCUGGAUCAUGGCUCCACACCAAAGCCUCUGAAGAGGUUACGAUUUGAUGUGGACGGGCAAGAUGAAGCUGACGGCAGCAAAUCUGGUGGAGAUUCUACACUGAUUCAGAAGCUUGCAGAGAUGAGCUCCACUCGCAGUCGCAUGCAGGAGCAAAAGAUGAAGGAGGAUGCUGAGUCGAGGAUGGAAGAACUCUGAAAUCUAUUCAAGUGACCUGCACUGUUUGUCACAAUGUGAACAUUACUUUCUGUUCACACCUGAAGUGAAACACACCUGUUUUUUGUACAUUUAAAAGUGCUAUUUUAUUUUUUAUUUAACUUUGAGGAGACUUUUGUGAAUAUAGAGGAUGUUCACCUUUUUUGUUGAUGCUUUAUCUCAGUGUUUUUAAUGAAUUAGGGUUGUGUCAGUGAUUUUCAUUAGAAUUCAACUUGUUGGAGAUUAAGUAUGUUUGGUUUUAAGUAUUUCAGUACUAUUAGUUCCUCUUCACUCAUGUUUUAAGUAGUCUGGAUAGUUUCUGACACACACUGCUGGUUUUCUCCGCCUCCAGAACUUUUCACGUCUCAAGCAUAAUGUCACAUUCAAGUGUUAAAUCAUGGUUACUCUGUAAAGAGGAGUAAAUAUCAGCCUCAAAGAGACAGCCGAAUGUCUUUUAAUGUAGUGUUUUUACUGUUAAAGUAAUAAUUUCAGUUGGCAGCGCACAUAAUGUCUUCUUAAGUUGGUGACAUAAAAUGAGUAGGAAAAUUGAAUUCGUUUUAAAAACAUGUCGAGUUGCAUUUACUGACAUCCUGACAAGAUUUCUGCACCACUACUUCUUUAUCUGAGCCACAAUUGUCAUACGAACACAGUCAAACUAAACAAAAACAGUCAUUUUCAUGUUUUCAUUGAACACACCGGCUGGAAAGGAACGCCUAACAUCAGUAACUUGUUUAACACCAACAAUCUUUACCAGAUGUUUCUUGCUGCUUAUGAGACAACUGUGAGAAAACUUAAACAACUCUCCCCAGCAAACCAGUUUUAAUUCAUCAGUGAUUCUGUGAUGUUGUCAUUGCUUUGUAUUAUUUUGUUGCAUGAGUCAGACACUCCUAGUUGAGGUCAGCUGCUGUCUUGACUUCUUUAGUAAAAUUUCUUGGUAUAAGUUUGAAUUGUUACCUAAAUUCUUCCAACAGAGCCUCACUGCAAAAAGGCAGCUACAAGCCAUGAUGAUCCCUCCUCCAUGCUUCACAGUCCAGAUUUUUUUAAACAAAAUAUCUUCCUUGCAUUUCUUUCCUCCAGAUGUAGUUGUGUGCAUUUUGCCAAAAGAUUUAGAACAUUGAACAUUUAGAACACUAAUUUAGAUCAUUGUCCCAAAGUGUCUCUUUCUUGAGAAGAGCAGACAUUGUGUGGCUUGACUUAUAGAAAGGGAAACCUUUACCCACACUUUCAAUCACCUCAAUAGUAACACCUCACAGUGUAGUUUUUGCACAAGUUGGUGGUGUCUAUUCUGUGUGGUCAGUGAAAGCAUGAGAAGUACAGUUGUUUUUGUAUGUUUAGUGAAAUAUCUUUUGUCUAUAAUUUUGACAUGGCUGAAGAUCAUACUAUGCUUUAUGAGUAAUCUAAGGAUAAAAAUCCCACUAAUUCAGGUGCAAGUUUUUAUUUUCCCUAUAGUUUCAGAUGAUUUCCCUUCGGUGUAAUGUGUAGUUUUAUGGUAACUUUUGCUUUCUUUUUUGGGGUGGUUAAUAAAUGCAAAUAAAGGGGUUAUUUGUCAUGAGUUAAAGAACUAUGUUUUCUAUAUAAUUUAUACAAAUUAGAUUGGCUGUUGUCAUUUUUGCAAAUGGGGAUAGGAGAAUUCUCAGAAAAGGAGGGAAAAUGAAGACACUGUAACUAAUUUUAAAGUGAAAUGUGUUUUUAUUGUACUGAAGUGUAGUACAUACAGGUCACCACAGAGAUCAGCCAUGUGUUUUCAUUCAGCAUAGAGUAGCCAAAGGCGGUUUGCAGUGACCACCUGAUAGAGUAAAGAGCACCAUUGUGUGUUCUCAUAAUAGACUCCCACGUCCCUGUGAAGGUACGUGAGAGGACGUGUUAUUGGGCAGUGCAGUUUUGGUUUGGUUUGCUUUGGCUGUGGGGAAAAUAAGAUUUUAGUACCAUUUUGGAAAUGUGUAGACAUUUUUAAUGAACCACAGAAUAUUUGUUACUUCUUGUUCAGCUUCAUCUUGAAAGUUGUGUCUUAGAUCUCCUCAGUGCUAACAUGAAAGCUCAAAUAGAUUAUAGUUUAGGGCAUUUAGACCAAACCAGAACAGUCCCUUUUCUUCACCAAAUUCAGCUGUAAUUAUGAACCAAUAAAUACUAAAUCUUUGACCAAAAGAAAAUCGACCUUGUGUUUAUUCCUGUUCAACCAGAAGAACAGCAGUCUCAGUUAUGAGCUCAUCUUAAAGUCUACAGAGGGCGUUUUACU